CCAAAUCCUUAAUCCCUUCUCGAUGAUCCUAGUCGUCGACAUGGGUUGAGAGAGAGAGAUAGAGAGAUAGAGAGAGAAAGUGGGAAUUUUAUAGUCGAUCAGCCGGCACAGGCCGUCUUAAUAUGAUAAUCUUUGAAAAUACAUGUUUGAAUACGCGUUCGGAAUUCAAAAGGCGAGCUCAAUGUUCUUUCUUGUUUCUGGGCUGCAAUUAUGGGUUGCCAAUGUUCCAAGCCAUCUGUUCAUGAAGAUGAACAGAGCAGAGCCUCUGAGAAAUUGCCUUCACUAAAGGCUUCAGGGGUUAAUUUUUCAAGGAAAGAGGAGGAUGUGCAAUUCAAUUCCGUGAAGAGGGACCAAGGUGUUCGACUAAAUGCCUCACAGAGAGCUGAUAGUAUUCGAUCAAAGGUGAAACCAGAAGGUGGUGACUUGAAGGUUGUUUACUUAGAUAAGAGGGUCAACGGCUCAAACAGGGUACAUGAUGAUCAAAUUGAGAAAAAGAAGAGGGAGAGGUUGGAAGCAGCCAUUUCUGCUAAUUAUCCUGGUAAAGGAAGCAUUCCAAAGGCUAUGGAAGCUGAGCAAGUUGCAGCUGGUUGGCCUAGCUGGCUUUCCUCUGUGGCUGGUGAAGCGCUCGAGGGAUGGCUGCCACGAGAAGCCGAAACAUUCGAGAAACUAGACAAGAUAGGACAAGGAACAUAUAGUAGUGUUUACAAGGCUCGUGAUAUCAUUCACGGUAAACUAGUCGCUCUAAAACGAGUUCGAUUCGAUAAUCUUGAUGUGGAGAGUGUGAAGUUUAUGGCCCGGGAAAUCCUUAUCCUACGUAGACUUGAUCAUCCAAACGUUAUAAAAUUGGAAGGCUUGAUUACGUCUCCGCGAUCAUGUAGCUUGUACCUCAUUUUUGAGUAUAUGGAGCAUGAUCUUACAGGACUCGCAUCUCGGCCCGGCGUCAAGUUCAGCGAACCACAGGUUAAAUGCUAUAUGCAACAACUUCUAAGGGGGCUUGAUUAUUGCCACAGUCAUGGUGUCCUCCACCGUGAUAUAAAGGGUUCGAAUCUCCUAAUCGAUGCCAAUGGUAUCUUGAAGAUUGCAGAUUUUGGACUAGCAAGCCAUUUUGACCCUCAUAAUCAUGUUCCCUUAACAAGUCGCGUAGUGACUCUAUGGUACCGACCGCCCGAACUUCUUCUUGGAGCUUCUCAUUAUGGGGUUGCAGUGGACCUGUGGAGUACUGGUUGCAUACUAGCUGAGCUAUAUGCUGGGAAGCCCAUCUUACCUGGAAAAACAGAGGUCGAACAGUUGCAUAAGAUCUUUAAACUUUGUGGGUCGCCACCCGAGAAUUAUUGGAGGAAAUUACAGUUACCUCAUUCAACUGGAUUCAAGACGGCUCAGCCAUACCGACGUUGUGUCGUGGAAAUGCUCAAGGAUUUCCCAUCUUCUGCGGUGGCUCUCGUGGAUAAGUUGCUAUCUAUUGAUCCUGCUCAUCGAGGAACUGCAGCUGCUGCCUUAAAGAGCGAGUUUUUUACGACUAAACCGCUUGCUUGCGACCCUUCGAGUUUGCCCAAAUAUCCUCCGAGCAAAGAGAUCGAUGCAAAAUUCAACAGCUGCAGGAGGCAAUCACGAGUUGAGGGCAAGGACCCAAAAUAUUAUGCGGAAGGGAGGCGAUCUAAGGAAGCUAACAUUAAUCUUUCUCUUAAUGCCAAGGAUGAAGCAAACAUAUUAAUGCAGAAAAGGCAAGGUCAUUCAAGUUUCAAAGGCGGAAUCGGAGUGCUCAAUCCGCAUGGGGACGAAACAGUUUCUGGGUUUUGUAUUGCUCCUCCCAGACAAAACCAAUCUGUCACAGAAAUUUGUUCAGAUACAGGCAGGAUUUCACAUUCAGGACCGCUAAUUAGCAGACCAGAUUGGAUGAAAUCAAGAAAGCAACUUGAUGAUCAUUCAAUGUUGCUUGAUGGAUCCAAUCUCUCAGUGUUAUCCCGUUUAGUAGCGACGAGGUCUAAUACAUCUGAACAUCCCUACGAUAGACCGGGUCCAUCACGAUCAGAAGUAGGCAGAUUGCCCGACUUUGUUAGGGAGUCUGAGGCAACAAGAAAGCAGGACCGAGUAUUUUAUGCACAUCGAGGUGCAGAUUCAUACCGGAUAGAGAAUGAAAAGGCUUGUGCUAAAGAACAGUCCCCGUUUGCUUAUGGGACAGACAUGAACAAGCUUUAUACUUCUGGUCCACUUCUUGGUCCAUCAAACAACUUAGAUAAAAUUCUGAAAGAGAAAGACCGUCAGAUUCAAGAAUUUGCUCGACAAGCACGACACGGUAGAGCUGCUAACAUUCAGUCGAAGGGUUCGAGAGCAACAACUGGAAAACAUCUCAUGUUGAGCCAUGGAGUAUGAGAUAGAUUACCAAGAUCGCUCUCACCGGGCAGCAGAAAAGACCAUUGGAGAGACCUGAGAUCUGAUAUGGCUCGAGUCGUGUAAUCAAAAGUGAUUUGUUUGUGUAGAUUUUUGGUUCAUAUGUUGUAUAAAAGGUGGUUGUGAAGCACUGCUAUGAUUUUUGAGUGCACCCGACACUGCCGUGGUGUUUGCCAUUUGUUCUUCAUUCUUCUUGUGUUUUAGAUGCUGAUAACUUGUAUAGAAAUAGCACCCAUAGAUUUGUUAGAUUUCUUUGUUU